GCGGAGGUUUGAAUGUUGUGGCGCGUGCGGAGACCGUUGUUGUCAGCAGCAGCACCACCUGUGUGAGGCAGACACGUGACCGCCCCAUAACGGAGUAAACGGACGACGGACUGAGCUACGGAAACCGGGAGCAUGAUGAUGGAGGAGGCGGCGGCCGGUGGCAGCUUUAGGACCCCCCUGAAGGCGGAGAAGCCGAGGAAGUCGCCGGGUGAGGGCGGCAGCGGCACACAGACAGACAGCAGCCUUCAGAGGGGAGGUGUUUGCACCGAUUCACCAACAUUCGCGGUUCCAGCGUCUCCGUUUAUGCAGAAGUUUGGUUAUGGCACCGGUGUCAGUGUGUACCUCAUGAAAAGGUCACCAAAGGGUUCGUCUCGCUCUCCGUGGGCCGUGAAGAAGGUUAAUAAGCAAUGCGACAAAACCAGUAAGAAUCUCUAUUCGCAGAGACUGAACCAAGAGGCCAAAAUCCUAAAGAACUUGCAACACCCCAACAUUGUCGGUUACCGAGCCUUCACCACCUCGAAUGACGGCAGCCCCUGCCUGGCCAUGGAGUACGGCGGGGAAAAGUCUCUGAAUGAUCUCAUAGAGGAACGGAACGAGAAAAGACUGGGCCCGUUCCCUGCUUCACUCAUUUUUCAAGUUGCAUUAAACAUGGCCAAAGGCUUGAAGUACCUGCACAAUGAUAAAAAGAUCCUGCAUGGUGACAUCAAAUCCUCCAAUGUUGUCGUAAAAGGCGACUUUGAAUCCAUCAAAAUCUGUGAUGUCGGGGUGUCUCUGCCGCUGGAUGAAAACAUGACCAUGAGCAAUCCAAAGGCCUAUUACAUUGGCACCGAAUCGUGGAAACCAAAGGAAGCUCUGGAGGAAGAUGGGGUGAUCACGGACAAGUCUGACAUGUACGCCUUUGGUCUAACGCUGUGGGAGAUGAUGACCCUGUCCAUACCACACGUCAAUCUGCCCCCAGAGAACGAGGAUGACGAAGAUGACUCCUUUGAAGAAGACGACUUUGAUGAGGACGCGUACUUUGAAGCUUUGGGCACACGGCCACCACUGAACAUGGAUGAGCUGGAUGAAUCCUAUCUCCAGGUGAUAGAACUGUUCUUCAUGUGCACCAGCGAGGACCCCAAGGAGCGACCUUCUGCUUCUCAAAUCGUAGAGGCUCUCGAAGGAGAAAAUGUACAAUAAGAAUUCACUGUGUCAGACUUAGGCUGCAGUAAUUGUAGAAUAUGUAUUAGAGUGCUCUCUCUCACAGGGGCCGGAAAGGAUAUGUAUUCAGUUUGAGGGAGAGACGCGGCAGAGAGUCGGAGCUUUUUAGGAAAAUGGUAGUUAUAGGACUGCGACCGACCUCCCGCAUUGCAGUGCGUUUAUUACACAACACCAGACGCACUGUGGGGCUUAUACCCCAGCGUUACCGAUCUGGAGACCAGCGAAUUCCCUGACACACACACAUGUUCUCUGUCCCGCAGUUUGCGCUCAUCGAGUACCAGGGGAUGAAUGUUACUGUUUUUGUUUCUUUCUAUCUUGUGAUUUUCUCUUUGUUGUCUUGUUAUAUCCAUGUUUGUACAAGUUAUUGAAAAAUAAAAUGGUUUUACUGUUUAAAACCUAAUGGUUAUUUAAAAAAAACAAAAAACCUAUAGUAAAUAUUAAAAAUGUUUUUGAGUUAAA